AUGAGCUACAAAACAUCGAUCAAGACUGAGUCUCAGGCAGGCCUCGCAGCCCGAGCUAUCGAACCCGAGCAGCACUCGGAUGCCAUCACCCCGGCCCCAUCAGGCCAUCUAUCCGAUGAGAAAACCGAGCAGCUAGACCUCUUGAUUCAGGAGCUCGACUGUGAGGAUGAUGACGAAAAAUUUGACAGCUUCGACGACAAAGCAGAUGCCCACUGCCAGAUCACCGAGAGCCUGCUCAGAACCGAAAUCACAUUUGGCCUUGAUGACGCAGAAGUGGUGGCGAGACGCAAGAGGUAUGGCCUCAACAGAAUGAAGGAAGACUCCGAGAACCUGUUCCUUAAAUUCCUCGGCUUCUUUGUCGGCCCUGUCCAGUGUGUCAUGACGAUUGCUGCCAUCUUAGCAGUCGUUCUUCGUGUCUGGAUUGACCUUGCCGUUAUCUGCUGCCUUCUGCUCCUCAAUGCUUCCGUAGGAUUCUUCCAAGAGUUUCAGGCUGGCUCCGUUGUUGAAGAACUGAAGAAGACCCUUGCUUCCAAAGCUAUUGUUCUACGGCAAGGACUGCUCAUCGAAAUCGACACAACGAUGAUCGUGCCUGGCGAUAUCGUACAGCUUGACGAAGGCGCGAUCAUUCCCGCAGACGGCCGCCUGGUCACCGACGAUGCUUUCAUACAAGUCGAUCAAUCGUCUAUCACAGGGGAGUCCCUGGCCGUGGAUAAACGCAAAGGUGAUUCGUGCUAUGCAUCCUCUGCCGUCAAACGUGGCUCUUGCUUCAUGGUGGCUACUGCUACCGGCGAUCACACCUUCGUUGGUCGGGCUGCUGCUCUAGUCAAUCAGUCAAGCAAAACAACUGGCCACUUCACCGAGGUGCUGAACGACAUUGGCAUAAUCUUGCUUGGUUUGGUCAUUUUUACUCUUCUGGCCACAUGGGUGGCCUCGUUCUACAGGUCUAACCGGAUUAUCGACAUCCUUCGAUUCACGCUGGCCAUUACCAUCAUCGGGGUUCCCGUCGGACUCCCUGCUGUCGUUACGACAACGAUGGCGGUUGGGGCUGCGUAUCUAGCCAAGAAACAGGCCAUAGUUCAGAAACUAUCGGCUAUCGAAUCGCUUGCUGGCGUGGAGAUUCUCUGCACAGACAAGACCGGGACACUCACCAAGAAUAAGCUUGCACUCCAUGAGCCCUUCCCAAUGGCUGGAGUCCGCCCGGAGGAUCUCAUGCUCACCGCUUGCCUUGCUGCGUCCCGGAAGAGCCAGGGCAUGGACCCCAUUGACAAGGCCUUCUUCAAAGCCUUGAAAUACUACCCCACCGUCAAGCAGGAGCUGCCAUACUACAAGUACAUCGACUUUACACCGUUCGAUCCAGUAUCGAAAAGAGUGGUUGCCGUCGUGGAAGACACAGUAGGGCGCUGGUACACUUGUGUCAAGGGUGCGCCUCUCUUUGUCUUACGUAUGGUUGAGAAUGACCAAGAAGUGCCCCGGGACGUCAAGAGAGCCUAUAACGACAAGGUCACCGAACUUGCCGCCCGUGGCUUUCGCUCUUUGGGUGUGGCGAGGAAGCUGGGAAAAGGCAACUGGGAAGUGCUGGGCAUUAUGCCUUGUGCCGAUCCUCCCCGAUUCGACACGGCCAAAACUAUCGACGAGGCAAAAUCACUUGGUCUCAGCAUCAAGAUGCUUACCGGUGAUGCCGUUGAUAUCGCUCGUGAGCUAUCUCAACAACUUCGUUUGGGGACUAAAGUCUACAAUGCCGAACACCUCGGCGAUGCUAGCAAUGGUGAUAUGUCGGAUUCAGAAGUCUGCGGUUUCGUUGAAGCAGCCGAUGGAUUUGCCGAAGUCUUUCCUCAACACAAGUAUAAUGUGGUCGACACACUACAGCGCCGCGGCUUCCUCGUCGCCAUGACAGGCGAUGGAGUCAACGACGCACCCUCGCUCAAGAAAGCGGAUACUGGGAUCGCCGUUGAGGGGUCUUCGGAUGCUGCCCGAUCUGCCGCAGAUAUCGUCUUCCUUGCCCCAGGCCUAUCGGCCAUCAUUGACGCCCUCAAGACAUCGCGUCAGAUCUUCCAUCGGAUGUAUGCCUACGUCGUAUACCGCAUUGCCCUGUCACUUCAUCUGGAGAUCUUCUUGGGUUUGUGGAUUGUCAUUCUGAAUGAGUCUCUGCAUCCUGCCUUGGUGGUCUUUAUUUGUCUCUUUUCGGACAUCGCUACUCUUGCCGUGGCAUACGAUAAUGCACCCUAUUCAAGAGCUCCAGUCAAAUAG